AGGACUCCAAUAAAUCUCGUCGCCUCACAAGUUCUUUUUUGCAUGCUGCUUCUAAUAUAUCUAUCUACCCUACCCUCCCUGCAUAUAAUUGCCUUUUCGAUCUACAAUGAUUCUUAUCUCAGCACAACAAAAGUUGAACCUCUUGUUUCUUGAGUUAUUAUUUUGCUUGAGACCGGUAUGGUUGCAAGAUGGCUUGGUUACUGUACACAGUCGAGGAAGAGGAGUACGAGGAGCUGGAACGCUCGCAGCAUUUUUGCGAUGCUUUUGAAGACCAACACCGCAGUCGCGAUUCGUCCCAGAGAAGGAGCAGGAGCCCGUCGGUCUACGGUCGGCGAGCAAAAUGCCGGAAAUUGUCCGGACCCUGGUGCUUUUAUCCUGAAGCGCAAGCCGCGCACAGUCGUGCGGCUGAAGUAGACGCUGAUUCUGUUAAAGAUUCGCCAGUUGUAGCAGAUGAAGCAAAAGCAGAUGCCGUGUCGCAUACCGACAAAGACGCCGAAGCCGACAAUUGCUACAGCGGGCGGAACAGCAAGGAUCAUGAUGAUCUCGUCACAGACUACACAUCAAACAGCGCGGCAGACGACGGAAAUUGUCGUGAAAAAUCAGACCACAACCACAGCCGAAUGAAAAUGCCAAGUGGAUCCAGCUUGCCAAAAGACCGAGGGAAGGGGGGUCGAGCGGACUUCUGCGACAGCUCGCGGUUAAGGCGCAGCUUGUACCAUCGGCCGAGGAGGCGGAACUACAGUACGUUUGACGAUUGCGAUGAAACGUCGAGCUCCUUCGCGAACAAGAAAAAAAGUUUAUUUUACAGUAAUAAAAAUGAAACGAGAUUUUUUGAAGAACUUCCAGCAGAGCCACAAUCUACUACAUUACGGAACGACAGCACGGAGAAGCUGCUAGUACAACUCGCUAAGCGACUUCUUUGCUGCAUGCUGUCCUUGCUCCUGAAUCUGGUCUUGUCCCCCCUGGCGGCAGGAGCUUCUCACCGCAUCAAGAGAACUGCUUCUCUCUUCAACCUCGCAAGUAAAGGUAGAACCACGACGACUCAUCAAACAAGCCUACCCAGAAUGCUGAAGCACAAUCGGAAAAAUAGCGUGAUUAUCUACGCACCACAAUUUGUUCCCCUCGUCUAUUUGACCGCCCUGUUCUGGUUCUGCCUGAAACCGGUCCAAGCCCAGCUGGGUCUCGGCGUCCGGGGGUUGCUGGGGGAGUAUUAUGAACUCGACUAUGAGAACGACGACUUGCCCUGCAACCUCGAAUCUCUCGAAGACGCCUUCCUCGGGCAAGUCCCGACGGUGCAAACAACGGAGGUUGACGGCAUGGAGAUCCAGAAACUGACGCCCGAGAACUGUAAAUGGAACCUGAUCGAACGCACGGACCGGUACCCGGAGGUUUUCUACCCGACGGUCGAGGAGGCGCGGGUCGACUUGGGGUUCAGGCGUGAUCAUCGAGACCAAAAGUAUUACAUCGACUACAUUCUGUACCCCAAGCAGCAGCCACCCGGAUCACCCUUGCGAGAUCGCGAGGGGUUCGCAUCGGCGGCCUACCUCCGUUUGGGGUAUCGACUAUUGGCUGUGAAUGGCGAUGAGCAAGAAUUCGAGCUGCGGACCGAGAUCUUGUCAAGGAACGUGUUCGGGGAUACGGAUCCGAUCGUACUUUUUUACUUUUGAACAUGAUGAUGAUGUCCAGAUUCGAGUCUGUAGCUUUUUACUCGUCGAUUUUUACUUUUAAAACCACAGCACAUGAAGUUCCAGGCUUUCCGGCUGGAAUACUUCUGUUCCGGCACCAUCACCUUUCAAGCGAACUUUUUCGGCGUCCUGUCUAUCAAAUGUAAAAGUGUCUGGGUCUGGAAGAUUGCGAGACUUGUCAUGCUUGUCAGGCAUGGCCAAAAAGUUUGUGACGCGUGUCCAAGAAGAGACCCUUUUGCCUGUCAUGCAAAAACGCAGUUUGUCAUGCGAAAAACGCAACACAAAGAAGCGCUGUCUUCUCAUGCUUGGCUGUGCAUUACAGAGCAAUCACCACUCCCCGCGCAGCAUUACAAGUUUCUAGACCCAGACAUUUUUGCAGUUCAUACUGUCCGGGGACCUGCAAAUCCGGAACCCGGGCCGCUACGACUUCCGCCUCACGUCCACCGCGGCACAGGUCAAUUUCAUGAUGGGCCACGACCACUGCAAGGGCGGGGACCGAUUCGGCUACAACGACGGCGCGUGCGGACCGCGGUCGCGCAUCCAGAAUCUGAAGAUGUCCUCGCUCCAGCAGCACAUGAGCGGGGCGAUCGGGACCGAGUGUCGGGUACAGGGGGCGGACACGACGGUGUGCCAAGACCCCUUGUACCCGAGUCGGAUUCCCGCAGGUACAAAUUAGUACGUGUAAAAGUAUGAUGAGGUUCUUCAACAUGCUGAUGAAAGCAUGAGAUGAAACUUGCAGCUUGCAAUAGUUUGUUCGUGUUUUGCUUUUGCAUGAUGUGAAAUAACCACACCAUAUCAAAAAACCAGGCGACAUCUGCUUCAACACGGAAAACGGUUGCGAGCCGUUCUCGAUCUACGCCAUGCACAUCCCGGACAUCAAGUGCGACUCCGACAAAGUGACCAACCAGGGCGCCACGCCACACCCACGGACCAUCGAGCGGUUCCGCUGGAUGCGCGCAGGCUUCCACCCCCUCCGGAUCACGAUUGCGCGGCGGUUUAAGGUGUACAGCUUCGAAAACGUGGAUUUCGCGCUGCAAUACAAAGGCCCAGACACGACCCCAGUCAAGACCGUCAUCGGGGCGGUUUUCCACAACUGCACCGGCGCGGAUCAGGACUACUUCUCUGUCCAAUCUUCCACAACCCGCUUUGCCACCGCUCGGGGAGAUUUCAAGUACGAGUUCACCAACGACGGUCACUGGAUGCUGAUCAACACGAACUUGGUGGACCGGAACAAGUGCAAGGUGCGGGGCACGCCGUUGCGCCAGCUGGGGAUCACCACGGACGACGACUCGCACAUGCUCUUCAAAUACCGGUGGGCGGGGUACUCGCCCGGCGCGGAGCUGUACGACUUCCCGUGGCGCCAAGACAUUCGCGACGUGGACGGAAAUUUGGUCACACGGGACAUCGAAUUCGGAAUCGGGGUGCAGCUGGUGAACACGCCAGAGGUAUUUUUUUAUGUAUGAAAUUUUAAUAGCGAUAUAAAUUUGUCUGCUUUUCGAUAGACCAAGAGGCGCAGUAUUUGUCUUCGUACGGAUGUUUUUGCACAAGCAGGAGCAUUUCUUUGAACUGCGUUGCAUUUUUGACAGUUGAUUCCCUUCGCCAUAAAAAUGCCCACCAGCUGAUCGCGGACCCGAACCUUCCGGAGCUGCAAAUCUUUCAUGGGUACCAGUGGACCACCGUUCCCGGCAACGCCUACGUUCCGCUUAACGAACCGAAGUGGCAGGCCGACUGGUGGGGGCCGAUUGAGCGGUCGUAUGACUUCAUGUUCCCCGACUACAUUUACACCACCCGCGCGCAGGAGCGGAGGACGCAGACUUUCGGCGAGAAGUUCUUCAAUCAGCAUGUCACCGUGCAGCGGGUGGACCAGAUCGGGAGCUCGAGGCAGCUACGGCGGGAGCUGGGAUUGGAAGAGAAAGAUGACAAGGGAGACCACAUAAAACUACAGACGCGUCGAGUACCACUAGCCAACAAGAAGAUGCUGAAGAUCCCGCGGGCCUCCGCCGCCGGGAAACUGGAUGACGAGCAGGAAAAGCGGCAGCUGGCGCGAGAGUACUUCUGGAAACUGCUGGGUUUGUCAGAGAAAAAUAAGGACAGAAUGCGGGGAAGAUCUGUGGUUCUGGAUUACGACGCGAGAAUUGUGAAGGACGAAGAGGUGGAGGGGAAUUAUGUGGAUAGAGCGCUGAAGCCGAAAGAGCAAGACAAUUUAGCCUCGACAAAAAGCGCAGCAGCUGCAGCUCGCGAGCAAGGCGAAGGUGAGAUGACCGGCGAAAACAAGCACUGGCAGCUGACCGAAGAGCAGUUUCGCGAUUUUUUUGACCGCCAACUUGCCGGCAAGGAGAAGCUUGACGUUUUCAACUUGCCACGAUACACCGAAAAGGAGUUUGCAGAGAUGAAGCGGAAAGAUCGCGAACUGGCCGAGAAGCAGCGAAAGGAGAUGGCGAGAGGGCAGCGACAGGAAAAAAGAAAUGAAAACGGCGAAGCUGAAAGAACAAAGACGCCCGAAGACCUGGCGGCCGAAGAGGUGCGGAAGAUGCAAAAGAAGGAAUUCAAGGAAAUUUCGGACCAUCCGGAUGACCGCACUCUGUUCGAAGCCGACGACCCCUGGUGGGGGUAUUUGCGCAACCCGUCAACUUUCCUGAAGCGCACUCCGGUGAUGCGGAACACGUAUACCGGGACAUUUGGGCCGGCGAAGAAGACUGGUUCUGACGAUUCGAAAAAUGAUAAAGCUGGCGAUCCAGCACCUGCGCCUCAUGCUGAAAAAGCUUCAUCUCUUCCACAAAUAAAUGCGAAAAACAAGAUCCUGAACAACGAGAACAAGGAAAAGACCAAGACAGAUCAAGAAACUUCCACCCGUGGCCUGCAAGCCGAGCCGGACCAGGUUGCGAUCGUGGUGACCGACCCGCCGAACUGGAAAACUCUCGCUCCCACGACCACGACUACCACCACGCCCCUGGUUAUCACCUCGACCUCUACCAAAGCUCCCACCACAACGCCACCGCCUCUCAACGCGGACGAACCGAAGUACUACGGCCGGACGUUCCACGAGAUUCUGUUCUUCGUGACCCCGUUCCACCCCGAAGUGCAACUCGACGGGAAACCGAUGGUCCGCCUCGCGAACUGGCCGAACCAGCACCCGUGGAGCCGGGACACCGGGACGGACGUGUCGGACCCCAUCCCGAUCCCCGAUUUCGACUACACCAAGCCGUACGCCGCCCGGUUCACGGGCGUGGUGAAUUUCGAGCGGCCGGGGAACUACACGAUCCGGGUCGAGACGGACGCCAUGUUCCAGAUGUUCUUCGGCGGCCGGGGACUCUCCUCGGAAGUCGUCCUGCAAAAGUUGACGAACGAGCCGCUGCAGAAGAGACUGGAGACGCGAAAACAGGUGUACUUAGCGGGGAAUCACUACAUCAGGUUAGAGAUGCUCACCCGGAACCGGGACAAGAUGCUCUGGGUCACGUACGAAGGGCCGGACACGGUGUACUACGAGUCCGCAGCGUAUGGAAGCGUCAGGUUUGAAAUCGUCAAAGUUGAAAUAAUUUGUAAUGCAUAAAAUGCGACACAAAAAGUGACUCUAUUGCAGAGGACCCACGGGAGGCAGAUUAUAGUCCUGGUAAGGGUCAAAAGUUGGACUGCUGACUAGCAUGACAGAAGGCAGCUCUUUUGCCCUAAACCGCAUGACAGACUCGCUUCCAGGACCGGGAAAAUGGUGUCAUGCACCGACUACAAACCGUAGGUCUAACUGGUAUCCGUUUUAUGCAUGACAAACUAUUUCAACUUUGACGAUUUCAAACCUGACAGUUCCAUACAGCGGAACCAAACCGGAUCAUCGGGUACGCGCGGCCGAGUAUAUGCAUUGCAAAAAUGUCUGGGACUGGAAGAUUGCGAGAUUUGUCAUGCAUAUUUUGCAUGACCCGUGAAGUCUGUAAUGCAUGCACGAGCAUCACAGAUUUAUACAGGACUUUGUGAUGCCUCUACCGCAUGAGAAAUGCCCUCUCCGUUUAGCCCAAAAUGGAGUCGUCUUGCUGGUCACGCAAUACAAAUUUUUUUUGGAUCCAGAGACAGCAUCACAAGUUUAAAAUCUUCCAGACCCAGACAUUUUUGCAUUUCAUAGAGUAUCUACCGCGGCAACAUCCACGACCACGAGAUCGGAAUUACGCACCCGUAUGUCGACGGGCUCAGGUAAGUACCAGUACGGUGAUGUUGCUGAUGAUCACUAUGCAUGGUUGUUUGUGUUUAUUUGAAGGUACUACUUGGAAGAGUUUUGGACUUGCAAGUUUUAUUGUCGAAUGAGGGCGACGAAUCAUGCAAUAAGAUUCGAAUUCACCGCCCACAUGCAAAACUAAUUCGUAUCGCAUCUCAGAUCCUCUUCCCUCGAGUGUCGGCUUAUCGCUUCCAAGGAGGGCGGUGUCCAGCUUCCGCGCGACUGCGCGAACCGUUGCACAGACCAGGGAUUGCUCGAUGGCAUGAGCAGUGGCAUGAUGCGGGAUGGAACCUGCGACGACGGAACCGUGUCAAAUGGCUUCAACCUGUUCUGCCCGGAGUGGACGUACGACGGCGGCGACUGCGACCCGCCGUUGCCGAGCGACGAGAAGGACCCGCCCAUCGAGUGCCUGGUGACUCCGCCCGCGGGCCACUACCGCCGGUACGGCUACACGCAGUGCGACAGGACGGAAACCAGGGGCUUCAACUACUUCUACGACGUAUGGAUUGCAAAAAUGUCUGGGUCUGGAAGAUUGCCAGAUUUGUCAUGCAGGUUUUCCAUGGCCCAUGAGGUCCGGUAUGUAGGACAUAGCACGACAGACUCUGCGGGGCCUUUCUAAUGCCUAUCCUGCAUGAGAAACUGCCUCAUCUCGAUUAGGUCAAAAGUGCGCAACCUUUGGCAAUCAUGCAACACAGUUUUUUGCCUGAUUCAGGUCGAGCAUGACAAGUUGCAAUCAUCCAGACCCAGACAUUUUUGCAAUCCAUACGACGCCAGCGACAACCGCGUGAUUCCAAGCCCGCUAUAUCCUGUGUAAAAACGUCCCCACCCCAUAGUUGCAAUGCAGAUUUGCAUCUACAGAAACAUUUGUAAUGCGGGUCCCCGUGAGAGGCAUUUCUAGUGGUGUUGUGGAAUUUGUAAUGCUGAAAACAGGAUGAGCAGGUGGAUUUGUGUUGCGGGUGUCCUUACGAACCUGCACUACACUACGGACUGCAACUUGUCAUGCGUGGCUCCCAAAGCUUCUACAUUUGUGUUGCUAAGUUGCCAACUUGACUCUGGUGUGGGGACGUUUUUGCUCAGGAUACGCUACCGGACAUCCCCAAUCCGCGGGAAACGGAGGAAAUCUUCUGCGUUUCGGAUUACGAUUUUUUCCCCGAAAUGCCAACGUACUCGCUCGCUCACUGGCCUGCGACCACCACGACCACGACGACGACCUACAAUCCUAACAACCGUACUUUUCAUAAAACGUUCAGAUCUGUGAUGUUUCGUGUUCCUUGUCAGACGGUCGUUUUUGAUAGUUUAUGUAUGAUAGUAUGGUGUCUUCAACGACUGUACAGCAAUAAAAGCAUACUAAUCCCUAUUCUACUUCCAUAUACAGCCUUCGUGGACCCGAAUCCCAAGUUUACGAAGUGCUGCGUCGCGCAGGUCCAAAACGACCCCGAGCAUGGUAGCUACUGCCUGGCUUACGGCGCCCCCGUCGGUUGCUUCCAGACCAUGCAGGAGAUCAAACAGCGGCGGCUCAAGUGGCUCCGGGACAGUCCGGAAUACAGCGAGAAGCAAUUGAACACGUACUUCGCGCAGAACGGGGAUUUAAACGUGACCGAGCUCGUCCAGUGCACCACGCCGAAGUGCAACUCGCUCCCCGGGGACUUCACGGUCGACAGGAGGGGGGAAAGAAUUUACAAGUGCCCCUGGCAGAAGGACCCGGACGACAUUGCAGACUUGUUUCAGACGCAACAGAAGCAGAAGUCGAUCUUUUGCUACGAGACGCGGGAGCGGGACAUUUUUCCGCCCCUGAUCUGCCAGAACCGGGAGUUCACCAGCUACAACUUCUGCCAGAACGACCGGACCCGGGAGGGGAGGAGGUACGCGCACUGUUGCGUGACGACCUACGUGGAAGCGGACACCAACCGCUUUGUGUGUAAGCUUACCGGUCUUCCGUUGAACUAUCCCGGUAGGUGCAAUUCCUUUCUCAACCGGCACAUCUCCGUACUGAACGCCCUGCGCCCGCAAGCACUAAAUCCGCGGGUGUGGUCGCAGUGCGGCGCGGGGGAUUUGUGCAACGAACCGGAGCUGUACAACUGCCCGGUGGUGUAUGAUCAAAACGCCGAAGCCGCGGCCAACGCGAAGGCGAACCCCUACGUGCCGCCCCUGCCGCCGGUGUAUGGGGAGGAGGAUUUUUCCCCCGUCGCGCAGAUCAUGAUUAUCGCCGGGCUGCUGUUUUGCGUCGUGAUGCCGAUCACGGUGCACUACUUGCGGAAGAAGUAUUUGAAGGUGUACGAGCCGGAGUUUGUGCAAGACUUGUACGUGGAGCCGGAGUUUUAUGAAAUGCAAAAAUGUCUGGGUCUGGAAGGAUACAAGGUUUGUCAUGCACAUUUUGCAUGAGUCCUGAUGUCUGUGAUGCAUGCCCUAGCGUCACAGAUUUUGUGAGGGCUUUCUGAUGCCUAUACCGCAUGAGAAAUGCCUAUACUCGCAAUGGAAAAAACUGGACCUCUUUUGCUGUGUAUGCAAUACAGAUUUUUGUAGAAUCCAGCUGCAGCAUCACAAACUCGCACUCUUCCAGACCCAGACAUUUUUGCAUUUGAUAAGUUUGGCGAGGGGAUUCUGCGGAACAACGUCUUCAACAAGAUCCGCCCGGGCGCGGGGUUUUUCAAGACCAUGAUCGAGAAAUACAGGCCAAAGGAGCUGACCGACGAGCAGCGGCGAGCGAUCCAGGAACGAGAGGAAGCGGCGCAGGAGAUCCAGCCGUACGUCACGAAAUACAGCCGGGCGAUUUCGCAGUCGAAGCAGGCGAAGAAGUCCGGGGAGCCAAUAGUGGACGAAUACACCCAGGCGAUUUUGGAUGAAAUCGCGAGGAAAGACGAAGAAGCGCAAGCACAGCAACGGGUGGAGCUGGAGGUAGGUUGUUCAUGCGCUUUUGGAUGUCGAAAUCCAAGUCUGUCACCACUGUUUAUUACGAUCCGUUUUUUUUUGUUGUGUUUAUUUUUUUCCUUACAUUAAUGUGAGGCCAUCAACAUACUCGAUGCUGCGUCGAAGUAUGGAAUAAUAACUCUGUAGGUCGCCGAGCGCGAGCGCGUUGCCAAAGACCCCGCCAACGCUUUCAGCCGCGCUAGGCCCGCGUACCACGAGACGCUGACAGAGUUCAGUCAACGAACCGGGACCGUUCCUCUAGCGUUGCAGAAUCAGCUGGAAAGGAUAAAGAACGCCUCCUCCGUUGCUUCUCUCCAAAAUUCCGACGGCUUCUCGCAGAUGCGGGGCGGCAUGGGCAUGCUGGAGACCGGUCCGUCGGACACCUUCAUGUCCACAGAUUCCGGUGUUCCUGGUGGGGCGGUCUACAGCCCGGGCGACGUGCAAGUCCAGGAAGGACCACCUCUUGCGGGAGGUAGUACUGCAGCUUCGGCAACACAAGUUGCGCCGGAAGUAGGAGAACAGCAUCAACCCCAACAGCCGCCCGUCCCAGGCACCGUUGUCUCCGAGACAGACCCAGCCGCAGUCACGACCGCGGUGCCCACGAUGACGGAGGGGGAGGCGCAGCCGAGAGGUGGACCACAGCAACUACAACCCGAUAAUUCAGAUGGCAACAUAAUUCCGGGUUUGCUACCAGAUAACGUUUUAUCCCAGCGCUUUCCGCACAUGAAGGGUGGACCGGUCAUAUCGGAAGAGGAGAAGGAGAGACUGCUGGCCGCAGCGGAGGAACGCAGUAUGAACUUCGACCGCAACAAGUUUGUCCAGUACGUGCCCUACAAGGGCGACGAGCACAACGAACUGGAGAGGACAAGUUGGCGGGCGCGGAACGAAGAGGGCAUCCGGCAGCGCGGGGGAAUUCUCACCGAGGACGAGAAGGCGGCGCUGCACGACAUUUGGAACGAGGCGCAUUCCCCCAAGCACGAGCGCGCGGCCAGUCGCGGCGGGUCGCGGAUGAUGCAGCCAGGGACUGGCGGAGGUGGACUGUUAGGGUUGCUGGACGCCAGUCAGCAGUCGCACGACCGGUCGCUCAUGCAGCUGGAAGACCGACAAUCCCCGGGGGGUGGGAAGAAGAUGCAGAGGAAGCGCACCGGGCUGCUCGACGAAGACGACACCCAGGUGCGCGUGCCGGGGGACGACAAUGUCAGGGAAGGCGAUGUGAUCCCCGGAAACGCGUUCCAGGGGAUGGCGCCGCCCGUGGUGAUGCCCGCGGCGGUCAGCAAAGCGCUCAGAAAAAAGAAGUUCAAUGGGAAAGUGGUCACGUAGUGCUGUGAUUUGCUUGACUUCUAUGAGAACUUCUCAUCUCCGAGCUUGUUCUUUUGGCGCGCGACCUCCAAGUGAUGGUGAUGGAUGGUUUUAGCAGUAAAAUUCAAAUCACCGUCCUGCUUGCGCACAGGGCGGUACGAUGCACGUGAAU